GCCGCCGGGGCCCGGCCCAGCUCCGCGGGGCCAUGGCCGAGUGGGCGCCCGCCCAGGUGCAGGAGUGGAACAUGGAGGCCCCUCACCUGAUGCCGCUGCAGCCGCCGCUGCUGCCGGAGCGGGCGCACGUGCGGGAGGCGCAGCUCCACUCCGCCGAGGCCUCGCUCUGGACCGUGGUGGCCACGGUGCAGGCCAUGGAGAGGAAGAUCGACCUCCUGGCCACCCGCCUGCUCAGCCUGGAGGGCCGCUCUGGCACGGCCGAGAAGAAGCUCCUGGACUGCGAGAAGACAGCCAUGGAAUUUGGGAACCAGCUGGAGAGCAAGUGGGCUGUGCUGGGCACCCUCAUCCAGGAGUACGGGCUGCUCCAGCGGCGCCUGGAGAAUGUGGAGAAUCUCCUCAAGAACAGGAACUUCUGGGUGCUGCGGCUGCCUCCCGGCCCCCGGGGCGAGGUCCCCAAGGUGCCAGUGACAUUUGUUGACAUCGCCGUCUACUUCUCAGCGGAGGAGUGGAAGAACCUGGAGGAGUGGCAGAAAGAGCUGUACAACAACCUGGUGAAGGAGAACUACGAGGCUUUGCUGUCCCUGGAUGGGGCUCUCUCCAGGAGCGAGGCACAGCCCCGCAGCGAGCGCGGGGACGGGCCCUGUGUCCCUGAGCAGCGGGAGCUGGAGCAGAGGGAGCUGCCGCCGGACGCCUGCGCGGAGUCGCUGAUCUCCACCUCCGACAUCCUGUCCCGGAUCAAGCAGGAGGUGGCUUUUGUGGGGGAGCAGCAGUUCCCUGAGGAGCGGGGGAUGCCACCAGACCCCUGUGCAGGCGCGGACGCCCUGAUCACCGCGCACGACUUCUUGUCGUGGAUCAAGCAGGAGGAAGAGCCCUGUGUCCGGGAGCCCUGGGAGCUGCCCGAGAGGGAGAUGCUGCCCCCGGGCCCUGGUCCUGCCAGCGAGGGGCUGCUGGUGAAGACGGAGGAGCGGUGCCCGCACGCCGAGCCCCCGGAGGAGGUGGGUUUGCCGGGCAGCUCGGGAGAGCUGCUCUUCCCCGCCACGGGCUUCGGGACCCCCGAGGGACAGGCGGCGGUGCCAGCGGCGGUGGCUCUGCCGGCGCAGCACAGACUGGGCAAAGCUCCGGGCCCCGAGCCGGGCCCGGGCGCCGAUACCGGGAGCGUCCCCGCGGCGCCGCCGGGCCCCGCCGAGGAGCGGCCGCACGGAUGCGCCGAGUGCGGGAAGAGCUUCAGCGGCAAGAAAAGCCUGCGGAUCCACCAGCGCAGCCACGCUGCCGAGCGGCCCUACCCGUGCGCCGAGUGCGGCAAGAGCUUCAAUUGCCACUCGGGGCUGGUGCGGCACCAGAUGAUCCAUCGCGGCGAGCGGCCCUACAAGUGCUCCGAGUGCGGCAAGUGCUACAGCCGCAAGGAACACCUGCAGAACCACCAGCGGCUGCACACCGGCGAGCGCCCCUUCGCCUGCGCCCAGUGCGGAAAGAGCUUCAUCCGCAAGCAGAACCUGCUCAAGCACCAGCGCAUCCACACCGGGGAGCGCCCGUACCAGUGCCCCGCCUGCGGCCGCAGCUUCCGCUACAAGGAAUCGCUCAAGGAUCACCAGCGGGUGCACAGCGCCGAGGCGGGGCCGCCGCCGCUGCCCCCGCCCGGGAUCCUGCCCCCCGGGGACCUGUUGGUGAGGAAGAGGCGUCUGUGUCGGGAAGCGGAGCCGCGCGGCCGCCCGCGGCGCCGGCCCCGGCCGCGGUUACCGAAGGGGCUCCGGCUGGGCACGGCGGUGUCUGCCCAGCCGGCGCUCCCGGCCGGCGGCUCGGGGAAGCUGGGCUCGGCUUUGGGCUGCUCCAGGAGCGGGCUGGGGUCGCGGCGGGGCUCGGGGGGCGGCGGGGCCGGGCUCUGGCGGGCGCCGGCGCGCUCCUGGCGCAGGCGGGAGCAGCCCAGCCCGCGGCCGGGGCCGGCGGCGGCCGGGGCGUCUCCCGGCGGGGAGGCGGAGGAGGGCAGCGAUUCCUCGGUCAGGGCGCCGUGCAGCGGGGAGCGCGCCGGGGGUUCCUCCUCCGCCGGAGCCUUCUCCCAGGUGGGCCCCAUCAGUACCCUGGGCAAGGCGCCCACCUCCGGGCCCGGGCCCCCCGCCUGCUCCUCGGGAUGCGCCGAGUCGAGCCCGCGGCCCAGGGCGGGCAGGGAGUCCUCGGGCAGGGAAGUGACGGAGCCCUGGGAGCUGCACCGGCGGAUCAGCAUGGCCUGGCGGGACAGCUUCAUGUCCUCCUCCGCUGACAUGGGGGCCUCGGGCCCUGGCUGCAUCCCCGCGGCCCCACCGUGGCCCCUCUCCACCUCCCGGCCUUCCCGUUCCUCCUCCUCCGACACGGAGGCUGGAUCUCCAUCCAAACCCCACUCCCAGCAGAUCUCCAUCCUAACCCAGCGGAUCUCCAUCCUGAUCCAGUGGAUCUCCAUCCUGAUCCAGUGGAUCUCCAUCCUGAUCCAGUGGAUCUCAAUCCUAACCCAGCGGAUCUCCAUCCUGACCCAGUGGAUCUCCAUUGUGACCCAGCAGAUCUCCAUCCUGACCCAGCAGAUCUCUAUCCUGACCUACACCCCCAGCCCGCGCCGUUCCCGCCGUACCGGAGCCGCCCUGCCCUUCUCCUCGGCCGUACUCGCAGCCGCCGGCGGGGUCGGGGCUCUGUCCCGGCAGGCGCGGCACGGCCGAGCCCUCCACGUCGGGCAGGGCCGAGGGCUGCCCGUUGGUGUCGAUGUAGAUGCUGGGGUGGCUCACGCCGGGCUGCAGGUGGUGCAUGAAGGGCUGCUUGGAGGCGCCGGGGAAGAACAGAUCUCCAGAUCAGAACGCCAGCAUUUCCAGCCAUCCCUCAGGGAGCGCAGCCCCAACCACCCCCUGCCGCAGAACCGCCAGCACCGACCUGGGUCCAGGAUGAUCUCGGGCUCCGAGUCGUGGCUGGCCUGCAGGAAGGUGGAAGCCACCAUCUUCUCCAGGGGCGUGAGGCGUGGCUUGUGGAGCGGCCCCCCGGCGCGGUUCAUGGGCAGGUGCUUCUUGGAGGUGAUCUUCUUCUUGACGUCCAGCCGCAGGGCCUCGGACCCGUACAGGGCGCUGAAAUGCCGGACCACAUUCCAGACCAGCGUCUCGGUCUCGUCAUUGGAGAAGUUGGCCUUCCUCUUCCGGCCAGACGCUGGCAUCGCCUGCGAGGCUGCGGCAGAGGUGGAAGGGGCACAAUUGAACCUCGGUCCCCACUCCUCUCUGUCAGCUCCUGGGGGGAACAUGGGGCUGCGGGAGCCCGAGGGAGCCGCGGAGGAGGGAGCCGAACACGCGGCACGGGCGCACCGCAUCGCCUCGCCCGGCUCGAGAGCACCUGGGGGGGGAGAAAAGGAAAGGGCAGCGGUGGCUGGUGGCAGCGCGGGGGGACGGCGAGGGCCCCCCGGCUCUCUCCAGCCAGAGGCACCAGGGAGCCCCCAGGACAGGGACGUGGCCGUGCUGCGCGUCAGGACCACGCUCGUAGAAAGCCUGGAACAGGUCCGGCGAGGUGGCCUGGCACUCCAGGUACCGCCGCAGCGUGGCCAGGCUCCUCCAGACCUCCCGCUCCGAGGGGCAGGGCGGCACGGCCGCCAGCUCGCCCGCGUCCUCGCCCUCCGCCGUGCCCUCGUCCCCGUCCGCCUCCGCCGGGUCCCUGUCGCGCUGCAGCUGCUCCCGGCUGAGCAGCCCCGGUGCCGAGGUGAGGGACACGGCGUCGGCGCUGGCGUCGGGGGUGAAGCCGGCGGCGCGGAAGCAGCUGGCGAUGAGCCCCGGGUGAACGUCGCCCCAGGCUUGGGCCAGCAUGUGCAGCACAUCCAGCAGGCUGGGCUGGCCCGCGCCGCGCUCCGCCGGCAGCCACCGCAGCAGCCGGCGCCGGUAGUGGCUCUUGAGGUCGCUGGCGAUGCCGCGGUCCAGGGGCUGGGCCAGGGCGGUGGCCGGAGGGACAAAGACCAUCCUGACGUUGGACAGCUGGAGGUAGGGGUGCGCCUCGUGCUUGGCCAGCAGGAGGAGGACGCUCUUGCCCUGCCGCCGCUUGCCCUCGUUGAACUCCCGCAGCCACUCGGCGAAGAGCGGGGCGGUCAGGCCGGCCAGGCUGCCGGCGCGGUAGCUCCACGGCAUCUGCUCCAGGUUGACGCCUCGCAGGCAGCGUGGCCGGGGGCUGUGCCCCACCGCCCGCAGCGGCACCUUCUCGGAGCCGCUGGCGUUGGCGCACAGCAGCAGCAGCAGCCGCUCGCCGGGGCUCUCGCCCUUGCCGGGGCCGCCGGCCGGGAGCAGCACCGCGGUCUCCCCGCAGGCGAAGAUCUCGGCGGGCGCGUAGCUGCGGAGGAGCCCGGGCAGCACCGUGCCGGCCCAGUGCUCCGCCGUGGGCUGCUCCGCGUCCCCUUUCUCCGCCGGAGGCUUCUUGCCGGCGAGGCCGUGGCGAGCGCCCAGCGCAGCAGCGCGGCCUCCAGCGCCGCGUCCUUCCCCUCCCGCUUGCGCUUGCGGUCGGGGUCGCCGUUUCGGUGCCACUCGCUCAGGAUCCGCUCCUUGUUCUUGAUGAUGCGGCAGAUCUGGGGCUGCGACACCCCGAAGCGCUUGGCCAGCUCGCUCUGCGACACCUUGGGGCCCUCCAGCAUCUCCAGCACACGCACCUUCUCGCCCCGCCGGUUCGGCGAGGCCUCUCCCGCAGCGGCCGCAGCCGUAGCCGAGCUCCGCGCCGCGCCCCAGCCGGUGCCGCACCAGGUCCGGCUUGUGCCCGAUGCCUCGGCCGCACUCGGCACAAUCCAGCGGCCGCUCCCCGGGCCGGCACUGGCGGCUCUCGAAGGCGGGGGGUGCGGCGAUGAACCCCCCGUUACCGGCACCGGGAUUCGGCUCCGGCUCGAGGACGCCGCAGUAGCUGCAGCCCCGCUCCCGCAGCGGGACGAGGAAGUCGGCGGGGCCGGCGUGGCGGGCCGGGGGGGAGCAGGGCGGUGGGGACACCCCGUCCUCGCUCUUCACCUCCUUGCCCUGCCAGUUCCCUGUGGAGACAGGAGCGCGCUGGGGAGCGGCCGCCGCACCGGGAAUCCCGCGGGACCGAGUCCCCGGUUCGGCGGGACCCGGCCCAGCGCCCGACUCCCGUUCCUGUCCCAAGCUGGCCACGAUCCCGCCUGUGCCCGUGUCCCGCUCACCCUGGGAGGGGCCGGCGGGUGCCGCAUGUGCCCGGGGGCUCUGGUGCUCGCCACAAGAGGAGGGACAGACAGUGAUGCCACCGGCGGGGCCAGUGGAGAUGCUACCAGUGAUGAUAUCGGGCAAACAGGCCAGGGAAUGGCUGCCCGCGGCGAUGGGUACAGGCAGCCGGUGCGCUCCCGUGGUGACCCCAGAGCCACCCCGUCACCUCCUGCUCCCGGCCACGACCGGCAGCGCCAGGACCGGUGCCGGGCCAGCCCCGGUGCCUCACCCAGGUCGACGGGAUGCUGGCGGUCCUCCUUCAUGUCACCUGCACCGUCCCGGUCCUCGGAAAACGCGGCUACAGCUGCUCCCGGUGCUGCUCCCGCCGAGGCCUCAGCAACGCCAGGGAUGGCGGUGAUUGAGCGAUGCCGCACCGGGAUGACGCCGGGCGGCGGGACGCGGCGUCAGCGCUGCCCGUGGGGCCGGUGGCGGGGCCGCCGAGCCGCGACCGCCCGCGCCGCCCCCCGCGCCAUGGCCGACUGGGCCCCCGCUGAGGAGCUGGAGUGCAUGAUGGAGCCCCAGGAGCUGGGCCUGGAGCAGCCGCUGCCCGCCCCCGAGCAGGGCCCCGGCGGCGAGGCCGAGCUGCCGGCCGCCGAGAUCUCCCUCACGCUGGUCACCGAGAUCCAGGCCGUGGACAGGAAGGUGGACACCCAGGCCGCCCAGCUGAUGAACCUGGAGGGCAGGAUGAGGAUGGCGGAGACGAAGCUGAUCGGCUGCGAGAAGACGGCGGUGGAGUUCGGGAACCAGCUGGAGAGCAAGUGGACGGCGCUGGGCACGCUCAUCCAGGAGUACGGGCAGCUGCAGAAGCGGCUGGAGAACAUGGAGAACCUGCUGAAGAACAGGAACUUCUGGAUCCUGCGGCUGCCCCCCGGCGCCAAAGGGGAAGUCCCCAAGGUCCCCGUGGCCUUCAACGAUGCCUCGUUUAACUUCUCUGAGGAGGAGUGGAAGAGCCUCAACGAGUGGCAGAAGGAGCUCUACAGGCACAUCAUGAAAGGGAACUACGAGGCCGUCAUCUCCAUGGACGCUGCCAUUUCCAAACCUGAGCUGCUGACACGGAUUGAGCAGGGAGAGGAUCCCAACACUGAGGAUCAGGAGGACUCUGAGGGAGGAGAGACCCCCAUGGACCCCAGCACUGAGUUUUUCUUCCCUGGGCCUGAUGACAGCUCGUGGGGUAAAUAUGAAGAGGCUCUGGCUGAAAGCCACGAAGGCUCUGAGGAAGAGGAGAACAUGGAGGUCCCUGGUACAUACGAACAGCCGUGCGAUGAGGAAGGCUCCGAGAGCCUGGAGCUUUCCAGGUCCUUGACAGGAAAGUGGGAAGAGGUUUUCUCCAAGCCAGAGGAGGAGAUGCAGUCGAGCAGCAAGAGCCAGAGCGGGUCGGCCCCGCCGCAGCGAACGGCGACGGGCAACGGGCUGAGGCGCUCGGUGCGCCGCGGGAGAGACUUGGCCAGGAAGGAGCCCGAGGAGGCGGCGGCCGACAAGGGGCCCUACAUCUGCUGUGAGUGCGGGGAGAGCUUCCUGGACAAGCAGCUCUUCGCCACCCACCAGAAGGCGCACUCCAGCGAGGAGGCCUGCACGUCCCUGGAGCGCGGCGAGAGCUUCCGGCAGAAAUCCAAAGCCAAGGGCCAGGGCCCCUCCCGCUCCAAAGCGUCCAAGCGCCCCGACGGGGAGAAGAGCUCGGGAUUCAAGUACGGCUUCGUCAGGCACCAGGUGAACAACAUGGUGGAGAGGCCCUACACCUGCUCCCAGUGCAAGGAGAGCUUCAGCCUGGAAGUGAGUCUGAUCCUGCACCAGAAGCUGCACACGGGGAAGGGCGACGGGCCGCUGACGUGCACCUACUGCGGGAAGGACUUCCGAGACCUCUCCAAAGCCAUCCGCCACCAGCGCAUCCACACCGGGGAGAGGCCCUACCAGUGCACCGAGUGCGGCAAGAGCUUCAUCCGGCGGGACCACCUGCUCAAGCACUGGCGGGUGCACACCGGGGAGACCCCCUACCAGUGCCCCGUCUGCGGGAAGCACUUCCGCUACAAAGAGUCCCUGAAUUGCCACCAGAAAAUCCACUCGCGCAACCCGCGGCCCGGGGAGGAUUCCCAGCACGGCCUGGGCUCGGCGGGCACCCAAACUGACCAUUUCUGCAUGAAGAAAGAGACUAAGCAGAGUGACAAGCUUUCGCUUUCUUUUUUCCACUCGUUUCACUGCAAGGCUGGAAGCGCGAGGAGGGAGGGAGGGAAGGAAGGCGCCGUUCCCAGCCGGCCGCUCCCGCUGCGUCGCCACGUCCCGAAAAGGCUGCGAGGCCAGGACCGGGAUGAAGGCAAGAGAGGCGAGGCAGAGAGGUGGUCGGGCACGACGCGGGAUUUGUGGAAGGCGGAAAAGCGGAGAGGAGAGCGUGGCAAAGAGCGGGGUGAGAUAAAGCAGGUGCAGGAGAAGGGGCUGAGGACAUUGGAGCAGGAGGAGUCGGGAAGGGCAGCGUUUGGAGGCACGAGGAGGACACGUCUCCGUUCUUUUGAAGGGUGUCACUGGCACCAGCCGGGCUGUGGUUCCCCUCUGGCCGAGGGAACGGCGCCGCUGGGCCGACACACGGACUCCUGUUACCCCCCAGUGCCCCCAGUGCCCCCUGGCUCCUCGGGCAAUGCCACCAUCGCCAUCGCGCCCAGUGCCGCCAGCCCCCGGGGACACGGGGACGUCCCCGCCGCCCCGCGCAGCGCUGGGCCCUGCAGCGGCCAUCCCCCGCAUGGCCCCGGGAUGUCCCCAUCCCCCGGGGCAGCCCUGUCGCAGCGGGAGGCGGAGCGGGUCUCUAUCACCCCGGGAGGGUCCCUAUCCCCCCGGGGGAUGCAUCCCCAGCCUGACCCCGCGCCCUUGUGUCCGCAGGCGCCGGAGCCGGUGCGGCCGCCGCGCUGCCCCUCGCCCCUGCGGCCAGCGGCCGGCCCCGAGCGCACCUCGGAGCGGGAGACGCAGACGGCAGAGCUGUCCCUGACCGUGGUGGCGGCCGUGCAGGCGGUGGAACGGAAGGUGGAUUCCCACUCCACCCGCCUGCUCGACCUGGAGGGUCGGACGGGGAUGGCGGAGAAGAAGCUGAUCGAUUGUGAGAAGACGGCGGCGGAGCUGGGGAACCAGCUGGAGAGCAAGUGCGCGGCGCUGGGCACCCUCAUCCAGGAGUACGGGCUGCUCCAGCGGCGCCUGGAGAACAUGGAGAACCUGCUGAAGAACAGGAACUUCUGGAUCCUGCGGCUGCCCCCGGGCAGGAAGGGGGAAGUCCCCAAGGUGCCGGUGACCUUUGAUGACGUGUCCGUGUACUUCAAUGACAAGGAGUGGGAGAAGCUGGAGGAGUGGCAGAAGGAGCUGUACAAGAACGUGAUGAAGGGGAACUACGAGUCUCUGAUCUCCCUGGACUAUGCAAUUUCCAAACCUGGUGUUUUGUCUCAGAUCGAGCAAGGGGAGGAAUCGCGGGGCAGGAACGAGCAGGACCUGGAGGAGAGUGAGAUCAUUACUGAUGCCACGGCAGCUGGAAUAAGGGUUGUGAUCAAAACGGAGGAGCUCCUUCCUGAAGACAGCCCCGAGAACCCCGAGCUGCACGGCAUGUCGGGGCAGUCCGAGGGCAGCUUCCAGAGCCCGGAUGAGGAGGCAGCCUGUGAGAGCCCCUACGGCUCCGUGUCCCCACCCAGGGACAUCCCAGGGACCAGCCUGGGGGACUCCUCCGAGUACGGAGCCGACUACAACGAGAUCCAGAGGGUCAUCGUUCACCACGGGAGCUGCACAGAGGAUGGGAUCGUGAUCAAGACGGAGGAGGAGGAGGAGGAGGAGGACGACCCCGACGCGCUGGAGCCGUGCGCCAUGUUCUCGGGCCGCAGCGAGCCGCCGGCGUUCCCCGGCCACGAGGCCGGGCUGGGCUGCGAGGCGCAGUGCAGCUCCAAGGCGCAGCCCCGCAGCCUGGCCCGCGUCAGGAAGCCGUCGGCCUGCGAGAGGGACUCCGGGGACAUGAAGCCGGCCGGCGGCCAGCAGCGCAACCGCACGCGGGAGAGACCGUACAUCUGCCCCGAGUGCGGCAAGAGCUUCAUGCUCAAGAUCAACUUCAUGAUCCACCAGCGCAACCACCUCAAGGAAGGGCCCUACGAGUGCCACGAGUGCGACCUCAGCUUCCGCAACAAGCAGCAGUUCCUGCUGCACCAGCGCAGCCACACGCGCCGCGGCGUGGGGGUCCCGCGGCGCCCCGAGCACGGCCUCAAGCCCCCGGCGCGGCCCCCGCCCCCGGGCAAGCCCUACAAGUGCUCCGAGUGCGAGAGCAGCUUCAGCCACAAGUCGAGCCUCAGCAAACACCAGAUCACCCACGUCGGGGAGCGGCCCUUCACCUGCGGCGAGUGCCGCCGGAGCUUCCGCCUGCAGAUCAGCCUGCUCAUGCACCAGAGGAUCCACGCCGGCAAGAACGAGAUGGCCUUCCUGUGCCCCCAGUGCGGCAAGAACUUCACCCGGCCCUCCCACCUGCUGCGGCACCAGCGGACUCACACCGGCGAGCGGCCCUACCAGUGCAGCCAGUGCGAGAAGACCUUCAGCGAGAAGUCCAAGCUCACCAACCAUUACCGCAUCCACACGCGGGAGCGCCCGCACGCCUGCGCCGUCUGCGGGAAGGGCUUCAUCCGCAAGCAUCACCUCCUGGAGCACCAGCGCAUCCACACGGGCGAGCGGCCCUACCACUGCACCGAGUGCGGCAAGAACUUCACGCAGAAGCAUCACCUCCUGGAGCACCAGCGGGCGCACACCGGCGAGCGGCCCUACCCCUGCACCGAGUGCACCAAGUGCUUCCGCUACAAGCAGUCGCUCAAGUACCACCUGAGGACGCACAUGGGAGAGUGAGGGGCUGCCGAGGCUUCCUCUCCUCCCUCCCUCCCUCCAUCCCUCCCUCCUCGUCCUCCUUCUCCUCCACUGAUCUCUCCCACCCUUCCCUCCAUCCAUCUCCCCCCACCCCGGCUCAGGGCAUGGACAUCAAAGGAAGCUUUGUGUGGUAGCGCCGCUGGUCUGGUGGAGACUCGGCCGAUUGGAAAUAAAUUAAUGAAUUAAAGCAAGCAACGCGCGGCAAAAUUAAAAGAUUAAAUAUAUAUAUAAAAUUAACAGAAGCAGCUGAUUUAGGGGGAAUCCUCACCAACAAGCAAACAAACCACCAACAAAAGAAACCUGUACACAGGGUGUUUUGCCGGAGUAGGACUCGUAACUGCUUUUUAAAUCUACUGUUUGGUUUUUUUAAAAUAAAUGUGGAGGAACUUUU